CGCCCACCGGCCCAGCCCCUGCUACUUUCCGGACGGCGGUGGAGGCCCUGGCGGCGGCGGCGGCGGCCCACCGUGCCCAUGGCGCUGCCAGCCUGGCUGCAGCCCAGGUAUAGGAAGGAUGCCUAUCUUUUCAUCUAUUACUUAAUCCAGUUCUGUGGCCACUCAUGGAUAUUUACAAAUAUGACAGUCAGAUUCUUUUCAUUUGGAAAAGAUUCAAUGGUUGACACUUUUUAUGCUAUUGGACUUGUGAUGCAACUUUGCCAAUCCAUUUCUGUCCUGGAGUUACUGCACAUAUAUGUUGGCAUUGAAUCAAGCCAUCUUUUCCCAAGGUUUUUGCAGCUCACAGAGAGAAUCAUCAUUCUUUUUGUUGUGAUCACCAGUCAAGAAGAAGUUCAAGAGAAGUAUGUGGUGUGUGUUUUGUUCAUCUUUUGGAAUCUAUUGGAUAUGGUUAGGUACACUUACAGCAUGCUAUCAGUCAUCGGAAUGUCAUAUGCUUUCUUUACAUGGCUCAGCCAAACACUAUGGAUGCCAAUUUAUCCUCUGUGUGUUCUUGCUGAAGCAUUUGCCAUAUAUCAGUCGCUGCCUUACUUUGAAUCACUUGGCACUUAUUCCACCAAGCUGCCCUUUGACUUAUCCAUCUACUUCCCAUAUGUGCUAAAAAUAUAUCUCAUGAUGCUCUUUAUAGGUAUGUAUUUUACCUACAGUCAUCUUUACUCAGAAAGAAGAGAAGUCCUCAGCGUCUUUCCCAUGAAAAAGAAGAAAAUGUGAAGAAGAGAAUUCUAGUGUGCAUGAGAAAAGACAAGCUUGUGGAUUCAGCUGCAAGAAAUACAACACAGGAAGUAUUCUGGUGGAAAAAUACCU